CCCUCCCUCUGGCUCCCUGCCCCCUCCCCUGCGCUCGCUCGCUAGCUCUUUCCCUUUUCAUGAGAUGCAAAGUCCGGUGCAGAGCAGAGCCCUCAGAGCAGCAUGAUGCAGGAGCUCUUCUAGGGGCCCGAGGUGAGGCGGCCACGCUCCACCACCCUCACCCAUGUACCAGGAGAGGGCCGACUCUGUCACUCAGGGUUUCACCGAGCCAUGUACAGCUGUUGCCGGCACCAGCCACAUCUUUCCAGCUGCGCUGCCCACCGCCAGACAGAGCUCCUUAGCCCGGAGGAGCAUCUCUGACCAUCUACUUGGCAAAGACCUGCAGGCCAUGAGGACCAGUCAACGACAGUGAGAGGACGUGAGAGGGUAAAUCCCUGCACCCAGCAGUAUUAUUUCCAACCCUGACGUCCCUGCAAACCAGCCCAAGGGGUAACCGUAAGCGGAUGCCUGUAUGGCUGCCUUACUGAUGCCACGCAGGAACAAAGGCAUGAGGACUCGACUGGGGUGCCUGUCCCACAAAUCAGACUCCUGCAGUGACUUCACCGCCAUCCUUCCUGACAAACCCAACCGUGCUCUCAAGAGACUCUCCACAGAAGAAGCAACGAGGUGGGCGGAGUCUUUUGAUGUGCUUCUCUCUCAUAAGUAUGGGGUGGCAGCCUUCCGUGCCUUCUUGAAGACGGAGUUCAGCGAGGAGAACCUGGAGUUCUGGCUGGCCUGCGAGGAGUUCAAGAAGACCAGGUCAACUGCAAAGCUAGUCACCAAGGCCCACAGGAUCUUUGAGGAGUUUGUGGAUGUGCAGGCUCCACGGGAGGUGAAUAUCGAUUUCCAGACCCGAGAGGCCACGAGGAAGAACAUGCAAGAGCCAUCCCUGACUUGUUUUGAUCAAGCUCAGGGAAAAGUCCACAGCCUCAUGGAGAAAGACUCUUACCCUAGGUUCCUGAGAUCCAAAAUGUACUUAGAUCUGCUGUCCCAAAGCCAGAGGAGGCUCAGCUAGACCUCGGAUGGGGACGCUUGGAAGUCACUGGCUUUCCUUUCCCCUUGCUGCCAAGACCAUAUUCUGAAGUGAAAUGUCAUAGAUGUCCAAAGGCGCUGGGGUUUGGGGUAGAAGGCUGGGGGCGGUGACAAGGGAAUGAAGGGCUUUUCCAAAGUAUGACCGAGCUGAUGGAGCUGGGACUCUAUUCCUUCUACCCAGAUUUGUGUUUUGGUUAGAGGCAGCACCGCUGCUAUCAUCCUUCUCUGGGUGGGCCAGUAACAGGCCCUUUAUAAUGCCUUCGGUCAUCUCUAUUGAGAAGGCAAAUUCACUGUGCCGGGCUAAUUUGUAAAUAACGCAAAUGCAGCUCCCAUGACCUCCACACCACACCCUCUUCAGCAGGAUUCCUGGCCUUCACCUUGUCCUUUCCCCAAAGGAGGAUUAGCUAGAUGCCUCAGGUUCUCAGUUCUGCUGCACUGUUACAACCCAGAGGCCCAGCCUGAGUAACUGGACCUCACAGUUUAGAAGAGAGGUCUCUUUGGAAUUCCAUUUCCCUAGCAUCAUUGACAGGUGACCUCUGACAAAGACUGACCUGACAAAGGAUAUAUAUUCCCUGGAGUUGGCUGUGUCUUCCAUUUCCAUGGGACCAAUAGGGAGUCUGAGGUCCCUUUUCGGUCUAAGGAAUUCACUGAACUUCCUUUACACUUGCAAUUCUAGAAAGGGUCCUGGGAGAUUUCUCCCAUGACUUCUGAGCAGAGCUGUCCUUUUGAAAGAUAAGAGUUUGUGAAUCUUCUUCAAUUCUAUUAAGAACUUUUCCUAGAAGCCGAGUGACCAGGGAAUGUAGCAUCAGUAGAGUUUUGUGCAAUGAGGCUCCGUAUGACCUGUCUGUUGCCUAAUGUAUUCCAUGUCCUCACUUUCCCGUGGCAUCACAUAGCACUGAUCUCUUAGGAUGAAAGAUGGCUUGGCAAAGGGAGGUGCAUUCCCAUAGCAUGACAGCUUCCCUAGUGCCUGUUGCUCUCCCUGUCUCUCCACCUCCUUCUUCCAUGAAGGGCAUGUAACUAUGAUGGGGAACACUGAGAACCUAGCCUGAGACUCUCAUUGCAGCUUGCUUCCUGGACAUACUUUCUUAGAGAGGGUCCACUUUUGGCUGUUGAGAAAUAGCUCCCUUCUUGGUCUCUAGCCUUUGGGACUGACCUGGGAAAAUCACUGUGAAUAUCAGGCUGUGGAAACUCUCCUGCAAUGUUUAUGUGGUACCCUGGCGGGGCGCUGGCUCCUGGAAACACACCAGGAUAUUCUCUCUUGGAGGAGGCACGAACAUCAUGGAGUCUCUGAAGUUCCCCAGGAGAAAGCUGACCCUGCCAUCUCCUGCAGGGACAGAAAGAUGAAUCUUCAGCACAGAGAGCAGAAGAUGGAAGAUGAACCUAGAAGCUGUGACCUCUGGGUGACCUGAGAAUGUGGUGAAGGCACUGCUGUGAUAAUUCACAACCAGUCAACUUGGGCCCAUUGAAGAGCCAUAAACUUUCAGCUUGGCCAAGUCUGUGACCAAGCUGCCCUAGAAAGCAGGAGGUGGAAGGCUGGGCUGAUACUCUCAUUUUGUGGAGUGCUAGGCCUUCUAAGGCAUCCUAGGGUUUGUAUUCUGGUCUUGGAGAAUCAGUUCCUUCCUUGGUUGUAGCCAGACAAGGCCAAGAAGGCCCCAUGAGUCUGUAUUAGUGCCAACUGCCCUUCCAAGUGGCACACUGUCAUCUGUGAGUGGGUGUUAGUGUAUGGGUGUGAACCUCAAAGAGAGAGAACAUCUACGUCCUAGGCCUCACACUGAAGGGACCUGGGGCAGUCAUUUAAAAAGAACUCUGAAGCUUCAAAUGGUGAUCCUAGUCAGAGCACAUAGAUUUCCCUACCCUGACAUAAAAAUAUUCUUAGCUAAAGCUGCCAGAAUUAGUGUAAUGAUUAAAUUCUCUCACAGGGUAUUUUAAACAUUGUUUACAUAUGAAAUGUGCAUCUGCUGCCAAAUGCUACUGUCCAAUAUGCGGUGCAUAUACACUGGACCUGCAGUGAUGGAAUCAUCCCAGAUGGGUCUUCUCAACACUGGCCCCAUCCCAAUGCAAAACGGCUCCACGUGUGUGGUGUGGCACCCUCCUUUGGGGCCUAGAGUUCUUGCCAGCUCUUGGUGGGAUGAAGGCUGCAGAUGAUGAUGUCAUGCACCCUGAUGACUCCUUUCCACAUUGGGUGGGGGUGGGGGCGGAGAGUAGGUAUGAAGGACCAAGUUUGAGUAUCCUGAAUUUUGUAGCUAGAUAAGUUUGUGUCUGUGUCAUAGUCCCAUUUAUGGUACUCCCAUGAAGCAUCUUGUCUGUGUGUGUGUCUGUGUGUGUGUUUCGUUGUGAGUUGUGAGUCUUGGGCAGUACACCUCAGACAUGAUCUUCCCAUGUGAGUAGCUUUUCAUAUCCCCUAUCUCCCCUGCUUCUUCUAGAAAGCACAGCGUUUCUAUCCCCGAUACCUCCUCUUAGGCACUUUGGUCAUGCUAGCCCAGGUUAUGGUCUGUGUUGAGACAGAGAAAUGUUUACAACAUCUAGAGCAAUAUCCAAGCAUACCUCAUCUCCGAGCUUCCACGCCUCCCAGCCCCCUCCCCUCAUCUCCUCCUCUACGAGCCUCAUCUGCCUCACUGGGUUGUCAUCACAGAUGCCACCAUUUCCAUUUGAUGUUUUCCUUUGCUCCAGUCAUGCGAGUGUGCUGACGACUGGCCCUGGACUCAGGCCAGCCCAGGCAGCAGGACACCGUGCUGUGACUUUCCAUCCCUGAGCGACCUGUCCCAGGCAGCAGGACACCGUGCUGUGACUUUCCAUCCCUGAGCGACCUGUUGGUCCCACUGGAGUGUUGACUUGCUUUGGGUCUGGUGUGUGGUUGGCCGUUGCUCUUGUGGACUAACUAGAUCUCAGUCACUGACAACUCGAGCAUUCUGGGUUGAAGGGGGGAGUGAUACCCUGACGUAGUAUUUAUUAUUAGGCAUGAAGAAUAGAGGGUCACCUUGAAAGCCCCUCACAAACGCUAACUCCCAGCUUCCACACCCGGAGGAGGUGCUGAUCCUAUAGACCUAGGCAAGAGGCCCAUAAAACAACAUUGAACAAAAGAAAGAAGCUCCUGGACGUGUAAUGGCCUACAGGCACUGGACAGAGAUGGCCCAAGACAGUGGUUCUCAGCCUCGCUGCUCACUAGGCUUACCAGGGGAGCACUAAAAAACAACAACAUCAUCAACAACAACAAAAAACUUAACUGUUCAGUUUCUACCAUAGAGUAGCUAAAUUGGAAAGGCUCGGAGGGAGCCAGGUGGCAGUAGUUUUUAAUGUCUUGAUAGCAGUUCCAAUGUGCAGAUGUGGACAGGAAACGGCAGCCUAAGCAAUGAAGAGGAACAGAACUGAGUAAAACAGGGCCCGGCAGCCCACUUGGAUGCCAAAAGCACAAUAACCAGGCCACCCUGCCCACUCUGCAGCUGGCUCUCGCGGUGGUUGCCUCCUGCCUCUCAGUCUGACUGGCUCCUUUGAGGUCAUGUUUGCGUUCAGGCUAAAUGCAAUAGUUGGUAGUAGGUCCGCCAAGGUUGGGGACAUCAAGGCACUUGACGGAGAACUGCUUUGCCCUGCUUCCCCAGCCUCUACCACAGCGCUUCCUCCCCGGCCUGCAUCAUGGACUCCAUCUCCGUUUGUCUUCAUAUACUCUUGUGUUUGGCCAUUGUGUGUCAGGCUGUGCCUCUGUACCCAAGGUCAUGCAGUAGGGUGACUGGAACAUAGCUAGGGAGUGAAAAGUGUCUCAGUAGUGACAGUCGUGAUGCAACAGCUUCCAAAUUUCUCUGUGGAGGGUGGCCCUUCCUGGAUGAAAUCUGGGAGGCUUUUCCAAGACUACAGUGUGACUCAGACUCCUGCUUUAAGCCCUCACCAUUUUCUUUGGCCCUGUGUUGGAUAGGCAGCAAGGAAGCUGCAAGCUGGCUCUGUUUUCUGGUGCUUUCUCCAGAACUUGCUGCUCUGAGAAACCAAAGCUGUGAACAGGCGAAUGCUCUGCCCAGGUGUUUGUCAUGGAUGGACCCGCACCGCCUGGACAGUAGAGAAGCUUUCUCUGCUGGAAGAAGGCAUGAGAACCGGGGAAAGGUGGACAAUGUGGAGGGAGCCUGAGGAGGAGGGGCAAGGCAGGAGAGACUCCCCAGUUGCUUCUCCAUUUCCCAGAGGGAAAGGGGGAGAGGGCACAUUCAUAGGCAGGAUGGCCUUCUAGCAAGAACCCCAGAACUCCGUCGACCCUGCAGAGGAACUCUGGUUUUCUACCCUUGCCUUCAGUCUGUCAAGUGUCAGCUUUCCUGAGGUCCACCCCCUUCCAGUUAAAACAGGAGAGGUAGUACCAACAAUACUCCUGGCGCUGGGCAUCUAUGCCACUGUGACACUUGGCAUGAGACAAGGAGGGAGAAGCGAAGAGGAGAGAUGGCUUUCUGUCCCUGUGGCUUCUCAAAGACUCUACAGGAUGCCGUAGGGGCACCAUGGGAUACGUCAGGAUGGGACUCCGGCCCUCACCAGGUUUUGGGUUUGGGGUCCUCUCAAUAAACUGUUUAUUUCUUGAACUUAACCCCUCUGCUCCUUCCCCUCUGCCGGGUUACAAGGCGAGUAGGCCCUACAUACGCCCCGACCACAGUAGCCUUAGCUGGUCACUCACGGAGCACAACGCAGCUCAUCUGCCCUAUAAACCGCUUGGCCGACCGAAUCCUCAUUGAGUUCUUUCAUUACCAUGUAAAGUGAAAUACACUCACUCACCUUUACUAUACACAGGCUGUGAGAACAUAAUAAACAAAACCUGAACAAGC